GGGCAGACUAAAAACUUGCCGUCCGUAUAUGAAGACUAGUUUCAUGGUCGCGAACCGCGAUAUGAAAUUGUUCUCGAUAUCUUGAAAAGGUUUUGGGUGAAUAUUUUUUUAUGAAAAACUCUACAAACAUGUUAGUACUAAGAGUGUUCAGUGUUAUUUUCUUAUUAGGAAUUUCUUUUGCGUCGGACCCUUUCGAUUAUGCAGGUAAGGACCAACUUCGACUGAACCAACUCAAUACAGCUCCUAAAUUGGCCAUCGACAAUCUAGAGAACGGCUAUCAUGGCAUCGUGAAAGAGAACGAGACCGUAGUCGAAGUCACCCCCGUGAUCAGGGCCGAGGGGGAGGUUUGCCGCUUCCGCAUCGUCAACAAGCACCAUGGGGAGGCGCCAUUCGAUAUCGUCCUCAAGGAUGACGGCUACGCAGAAUUAAGGGCUAAAAGGGUCCUGAACUGCGAGAAGAGGAAGAAUUACAAGUUCGACAUCGCCGCCGUAGGGUGCAAUGGUAAACAGAGUGUCAGCGCCACCGUACAUAUCACAGUCUCUGAUGUCAAUGAGUAUGCUCCAACAUUUUCGGAACCCAGCUACGUGCGACAAGUAGACGAGGGUAGAAUCUACAACGAAAUUGUCAGAGUUGAGGCCACGGAUAGAGACUGUACUCCGAAGUUUGGGGAUGUCUGCAAGUAUGAAAUUCUCACAUCCGAUCAACCCUUCGUUAUUGACAUGGACGGUGUUAUUAGAAACACCGAACCAUUGGACUACGAGCGUUCACACAAUCAUAUCUUGUCAGUCAUCGCGUAUGACUGCGGUAUGCGACAAAGUUUCCCGGCCCUUGUGACGAUCAAGGUCAACAGAGUAUGCAGACUCGGAUGGAGAGGAUUACCGGAAAGGGUGGACUAUGCUCCUAUGACUGGAAAACAGGAAUUGUUCCCAUCUGCUAAUUUAGAAUUGUGCGAUGUACCUUGCACUAUUAGAGAAUUGAGGACUAGAGUCGAUCUAGCUACAAGACACAUCGGAAAAGGUUGCGACAGGGACACUUACUCGGUUCAGUCACAAAGGAAAUUAUGUGGCGCUUCUCCCUCUGCCAUCGAUCUUCUGCCAAAUCCCGGAGUAGGUGCUGAAUGGACAAAACCACUCAUUUCGGACGAGGGUCAUGAGAGCGAUCAGAUGUUUGAGUUUGACGGUGCCACUACUGCGGUAACAAUCCCAACAUCUGUAUUAGAGCACCAGUUGCCAACUACAUUUACCAUAUCCACAUGGAUGAGACACGGACAACAUCCUACCCAGGACAAACACUUGAAAGAGCACAUUUUCUGCACUGCUGAUGAUCACAAAAUGAAUAGACACCACUAUGCUCUCUUCGUCCGUAACUGUAGAUUGAUCCUUCUCUUAAGGCGAGAUUUCUCAGAAGGAGACCUCAACAUCUUUAGGCCUGCUGAAUGGAGAUGGAAGAUUUCACAAGUUUGCGACGACCAAUGGCAUCAUUUCGCUAUCAACGUCCGUUUCCCUGACAUUCAACUCUAUAUUGAUGGACAGUUGUUCAGAGCCGAAAAAAAGAAUCCUGAAGUAAUCGACGAUUGGCCUCUUCACCCCACCAAAGGAAUCAAUACUACUCUUACUGUUGGAGCUUGCUGGCAAGGUUCCGAUAAUAAGAUGAGACACCAUUUGAAAGGAUAUUUAGCUGGACUGAGCAUCCUUCUCGGAGAAACUGAAAAACCAGAAGUCCUAAGUUGCCUUCAUCAAUGCAAAGAAAGUUUACAGGUACCCUCUAUGGAGCUACUCCAACCAGGCAUGGAAUUAUUGACCAACUCAGACUUGACCGAAGUUACCGUCGAAGGAGACAACCGCACAAACUUGGAAACUCUCGUUCGCAAAAUUGGAUACGCCAAUACGAGAGAAUUCCCGACGCCCGGCCGAAGGAAUUUGCGUCUCACCACCACAGUUACCUGCGAUAACGGCAAACAAGUUAAAGUUCCGGAUGCACAAACUUACGUUAUGGUUUUGAGACCCCAGACGCCUAGCAUUAUGUUGAACGGAACCGGAAACAUGGCAAGGAAGUACGAAGACUUCAGAAUGGGUGUACGAGUUCUCGCUGAUAUACAUAUAACAGGAGAACAGAAGUUAGACAAAUGCCAAUUGACCAUCUACCCCAACCUCAAUCCGGAUCAUGAAAAUUUGAGUGUUUCCGAGGAAAUGCUUAAACGCUUAGGAAUGGCUGCUAGAAUUUCGAAAGACGGAGUAACUAUUACCGGAUCUGACAUGGUCUAUAACUACCAACAACUACUACGUCAAAUUGUCUAUACUAACCGCAAACCUGCCUACUACCUCAACAGGGUCUUCAAGCUUACUUGCUCGGAACUAAAUGGAAGAUUUACCUCAAAUGAAUAUGUUCAAACUCUAACCGUUAUUCAUCCUCAACCUAAAGAAACAGUCGCGCAUGCUACUAUUAACAAACACAGUGUAGAAAUUCGUCCUGCGUCAGUAAUAUCCCAUGACUACAUGGCUUCUGAACAUAUGAACCUCGUAGCUACAGGUGGUUCACACGCCGUUACUAUAAUCGUAGUAGUGUGCGUCGGCUUCUUACUUUUUAUGAUCGUUUUGGGAGUUAUCAGAAUCAGAGCCGCUCACCACAAAACUUCCAACGAAGAAGCGCAAGAUGGAGAGAUGACCUGGGAUGAUUCUGCUCUUACUAUUACUGUUAACCCUAUGGAGAGUGCUGAAAGAAAACUGGAGGGCGGCCAAACUGUGGACUACAGUGACAGCGAGCAGUCAGAUUCCGAGAGUUCCUCUGAUGACGACAACAUGGAUGGACCGUGCAGAAUUGCCGACUCGUCUGAUGAAGAAGAUGAGCAACCGUGUCGCAUCAGAAAACACGACUAUCAGAACGUCAGUCAACUAGAGUGGGACAAUUCCACUAUGUAAAGUCAAAAAAUGUAGAGGAUUGUUCAUUUGCGGAUGAAUUUUUCAGAUAAUGUCAUAUAAGUAAAUGUUUAUAUUCUAAUCAUCAUCUCUUGAGAUCAUUUGAUUGUAGAAAUGCGUAUAACUUUGUGGAUGAAGUACAAAAAUAGUUAUAGUACAAAUACAUAAGAAACAGUGUCUGUUCGCGUAGGUUUUAACCUUUUUACUUUCAGAGCUGUUGACAAAAAAUGACAAGUGUAAUAUUUAGAAAUGAAAUCUCAUAGGAAUUGGUUAGGAUUUAGUUCAUGGAACAAAUUUAGUUUUUUUACUGUGUACAGUAACAGAGUCAUUAUCAAAGUUUACAUUCAAUUUCUAUUGUCAAAUGAUCGAAGAGGAACCCAAUUUUAAAGUUAUUUCCUUUAAUUGCAUUUUCCAAUAUGAAAAUAAAAUACCUCAUCCGCAUUUGUUCAUCAAGAAAGUGAAAAUGAAGGUGCGAAGCGUUAUUAAAACGCAUGAAGUGCCAUAUAGUGCACUAAAGACGCCGUACAAACCACAAGCAAACGUUUGCCUAAAAUAAACAAUAAACAGCUUCGAAUAUUGUACUAAAAACUGGAAAAUAACUUUUAAAAACACAUUAUUGUCACUUGUACAUAGUACCCAAAUCUUUAAAAAUGUUCGAUACUUUCUAUGUCUUCAAAAAGAUUAAGUAGAUAAAUAAAAAUACUGUAGUGGUUAUUCUAAUAACUAAAAAUGUUCCAAAAAUUACCGCAACGAAAUACUUCUUCUUAAAGUGCCGUGCAUUUUUGCGUAGGCGUCCACCGUAUAUUGUCGUGUCGCAAGGGGAGCACGCAAAAUAGAAUUCUAUUUUGCUGACGUCACAAAACGAAUUUCACAAUGCGAGAAUCGACUGUUGCUAGGCAACGUGACGUCACUAAAAUGGAAUUCUAUUUUGACGUCACAAAACGAAUUUCACAAUGCGAGAAUAGACGGUUGCUAGGCAACGUGACGUCACUAAAAUAGAAUUAUAUUUUGCGUGCUCCCACUACAGGAUUAAAUAUCCUGUUUUUAUCAGCAUUGCGAAGCAUUUCGUAGCUGUGGAUUCCUGUCCAUUGACGAAUAUUACGCAGCGGCAGCCGUGACAUAUUUUUACGUCUUAGACCUCUCUUACCCUGUAUCUUUCCUUCGAAUACCAGUUACUGAAAAGUGUAGCGUUCUCCUCGUAAUAUUUGUCCUAAGUAUAUGUAGUCUUUUUACUUUUUACAUAAUCAAAAAGUUAUCUAUCCUGGGAGCUCGCUCACAGACUUCAAGUUUGUUAAUGGAGCUGGCCUUUAACGUCCAUGUUUCCAUUCCGUACAAGAAAAGAGGCCAAACAUAACACUUGCAUUGAGAGAUAUAAGUUGAAAUUUUAUUAACAUAGGGAUUUUAUUUUAAGUACGUACUGAUCUUUCUAUCCAGAGGUGCCGUGUGAGAUUUUAUAAAUCCCCCACUUAGAAACUGAAAUUCCCUCAAAUUGAAGCUCAAAUCCUCAAAAUUUAAAUUUUUGUCGCAUUUUAAUAAAUUAGUAGUCAAAUGAAGAGAACAGUAAACCAAAAUUACACUGCUUAUCAACGAGGGCCCUGGAAAUAAUUUAUAGUUCCUAUCGUCUUCGAUUAUAUGGGAGUAUAAUAUACAGUUCUAUGUACAUUCGCAAAUUUAAUUUAACAUGACCCCUUAAAAUCAUCCAUAAUUUUCCGCCCCCAAAAAAUCCCACUACAAUUUCUGCUUAGAAAAAUUUCCCUAGACGCUUUCAAAUUACCCCAAAAUUGUGAAAAAAUACACCAAUCUGGCAACCCUGUUUCUAUCUACUUUUUGAUACACCACCGAACCCGAACAGCUGUUUGCUGUUCGGCACUGUUCGGUCAUCGGCGGUGGCCGACGACGGGUAUUUACUUUUACGGUUAUCUACCCAUCCUGUACCAUGUUCCCAACAAUCUCUCGCACUCACUCCAACUUGUACUAUUUGUACAUAAGGUUCUCUUUGUUACUUCAAACUAUAUUACUUCAAACUUUGUUACUCAAAUGUUAUUACUCUUUUAACGUUUAAGAAAUAAAUAUCUUAUAACGGUGAUGGAUACAUCACACCGAAUUUACGUAAAUAUUUAUGGGCAUAGUUAUCCCUGAGAGUUAUCUUAACUUUAACUCAAACGUUAAAGAUAACUUCGGUCAUCCAUCACAGGGCUGAAUAUCCGAAAAUCACUCUCGAAAAUGUUAUGCAAAAUAUCGCUUCAAAGAGACAAUUACAGAACAAUUGCGUUCCAAAAAGAUAGUUUCUUACAAACAUCGAGCUCCAAAAAGACAGUUACUCGAAAAUCUCAUUCCAAAAAGGUAUAUCUUACAUUAGUAAGAAGUCACACAGGAUCAUGUCGUUCCAAAAAAAGAGAGAAUAUAGGCCCACAAAGAUUUUGGAUUAUCCGGUGUUUAUUGAUUUUAAAUACACUUUAAUGCAUAUUUUACAGUUGAAUCCGGGAAUCUUUACCCGUGCGUCAUCAUUUAAAGCAUACGAAAUAAGUCGAUGAUAAGUCGGAAAUUGAAAUUUACUAAACGCAACAGCAAGUCACUUACUGUCACUUGCUGUUGCGUUUAGUAAAUUUCAAUUUCCGACUUAUCAUCGACUUGUUUCUUAUGCUUUAAAUGAUGACGCACGGGCAAAGAUUCCCGGACUCAACUGUACUUGCAUCUUUUAGAUAAGAAAGUUAUUGAACUUUAUCAAAGUUGGUUUUACCUAUAUAGUGCCUAAAACUAGGCAACGAAUUCGCCACGGUUUUCCAUAAACGUUGACAUUGACAGCUGACAUUUGUAGACGUGGAGAUAACGUAUUUUUUCGCCGAAUCACGAUCUAGAAUGUUGUAUUGGCGCCUUAACCCUUUCACUGCUAACUUUUGAAAUAAGACAUGCCAAGAAGCGGCAUUUCUUACUGACAAUGAGCAUGUGUCGCGGAUCCUUGCCACACGCACUGUCUGAAGACUGCCUGGCACGCAUCCGUGUCAUGCGCAGCGAAAGUGUUAAAAAGAAACGUGUUAGUUAAAAGUACCACUAUCCAGUUGUUCGUAUACAUACUAUUUCUAUUUGCGUAAAUGCUAUGCUUGAAUGCCUACUGGUUUGCUUGGGUUGUGUACGGCGUUUGAUAUCAAUAAAUUAAUCGUCCAUAUUUGUUAGAGAUAUAUAUACAGGUUGUUGUAUAUGUAUAUCCAUACACCCUUUUUAGCUAGUAAUACAUAUUUGAUGACGCUGUUUACACCCUUUCCUGCUUGUAUUUUCGCCUAUCUUUUAGGUUAACGGCAGCCAGUUUUUUAUUAGUAAGUUUGUUAUAUUUUAAAAUUUGUUUAUCAGUCAAGUAACCGAAUAUUGUUCCACUUAAACCAGGAUACUCAAAAUGCAGCUAAUCUCUAACAGUAUUAAAACAAUUAGUAUUUUUUACAGAUAUGAAACUCUAAAAUAUAAUGAAAUAGCAACAUGUAUUGUUUAAAAAAGUCUUUUUUACGAAAGAUAAUUAUGUGUCAUUUUUAUUUGAGUGUGAUCUCUGAAUGGCGACACCCUCACAGUUGGCACGACUGCAGGCCAAACGGGAGGUAAAAUGUUUAUGUUUAUUUGAUGUGGAUUCGUAUAUCUGCAUAAACAUGGUGAGUGAUGUCUGCAGACUUCUGUCUGUAGAAAACGUGUGACGGCUGUCAAAAUCUAGUGACGGAUGUGACGUAACGACUGUCAUGAUCACAGGAGAUAUGUCACGUGAAAGCUGUCAUUGAACAUAGUAUCGCCAAGUUCCUAAGUGGAUUAACUUAGAUAAAAAUGAUAAAUAAAAAUAUAAUAUUAUUAGAAUACUCACGUCUAGACAUCGAGAUCAAUAUCAGCCUAUUUUUGCAUGCGUCUGGCUACGCUCGGUGAAAUGGUAAACUUGGUAGACCAAAUUAUAUAUAAAUCAUGCUACAGCUGUCAAAGUCACGUAAAAGGUGUAACGCAAUUGCUUUCAAAAUUACCUGACAACUGUCAUUUAAUAGCGUUUACUGAAAACCAUAUUGAUAAAAAAUAUAAGUUCUAAACAAAAGUUUAUGAAAUAAAUAAAGUAAAAAUGUAUUUUUAUAAACAUUCAGCAGAUCAGUGAUUACUUCUAGAUCAAAGCUUUGGGGGUUUGAGGCAUCUCAUAAAAAAUUAAAGGCAGCUUGCUACUGAACAGCUUCAAGUAUUAUUUAAUUGAAAUUAUUAAGAAGUAUUAUAAUUGUUAUUCUAUAAUAGAAAUAUUUAUAUAAAUAAAAGGUUAUAAAGAGGAAUAAUCGUUCAGUUACUUGUCAAAUUCAUUGUUGCCGACAAGGACAUUUUUUUGACAUGUUUUUAAUGUGUGAAAGUAUUCGACUUGAUGUUUUGAUAAACAAAAUGUUUACUAUAUUAAUUAUUGUCCAUCCUACCCUUUUUACUAUUAAUCAGUAUUUGUUUUGAAGCCUAAUCAAAGGCCUAUCGGCAAAAACUGUAUAUUAUCUUCUGGCAAGUUUGUUGAGUUAAAAUUUUAACUUAUUUCUUAUUAUACUUAACAUUUAAUCUUUUACCUUUUAUUAGUUUUUUAAUCGUAUUUUAAACUAACGAAGUAUUGUUUUUAUAUAAUGAUUAUGUAUGCGCUUUUUUGUACUUACUUCUUAUUUUAGGUUUUAAGAUUUUUUUAGUUUCUCCUAUUGCACCUUUACUGUUAACAACCUCGAUCAUAUCAAUUUUUUAAUAAUGUGCAAUCAAUCAUGACUGGUUUAUUUUGUGUUUCGAAUAUCGUCACAAAUGCCGAGUUGCAUUGCCGAGCAAUAGAAUAGCAAGCGAAUGCUUGAAGACCAACUCGAAUUUUGAACAUUUAAUUUUAAUUUUGGAGGAAUAUGUCUCAUUACAACUAAUACAGGAACACUGCCCUACAUACAAUUAAAUAUGUGAAAUUAUGUUUUGUAAUAUAGAAAUUGGUGCGUAAAAUAAUUUAAGUUUACAUUUAGCUUAAAUGAGUUCAUUCAGUUACGCUUACUUUAAAAAAGCUCGUUUAAUUCAAAUUUGUGAAUAUUAAUAAUCCUAUCUCACACUGGACGUUAUUGAGAUCUGUUUCUGGGUAUACUAUGUUCAGUUCUAACUGUGUUUAGUAACGAAAUCGAUGCAGUAUGCGCAGUCGCAUGUCCUAAUUCGUUUUAGCUACACAUGGACUAAACACGCUAAACUUUCAGAUAUUUUGGAUUACUUGGAAAUAAAAAGCUUUGUAUGUGAGUUCAUCACUACAAACAACCUGAAAGAAAAUUAUUUCCGAAAAAAGGAGAAAAUAGUGCACUGGAUGUUAAAAAUGGUAAGAUUAAUGAGCUUACGACAUAUUCAUUGUUGUGUAUUGUUGAUAUAUGUAAAGUGGACUUUGCAUAUAGUAAUGAGUGAGUCUACAUGCACGGAACCCUUAGUUCCGUGUAUACAUGUUCACUCAUUACUAUAGAGAUCGAUAUGAUAUAAUAUAUACACUCCUGGCCAAAAAAAUCGGGAUACCUUAAAAAUGGGUAAUUUUUUAUGUCUCGAAUCUCCUAAACCUGUUGUCCGAUUUUAGUGAUUUUUUUAGUAUAUUAUAGCCUUAUUCUUUAAGAAUCUCGAUGUAGUAAUAUUGUUGCUAAACAUGUAUAUGUCAUUAUAUACCGGGUGUGACAAUAAUACUGCGUUUUUUCUCAAAGUGCGGAACAUCCCGUGGAAUAUUUUAGUAUUUAAAAAAUAUUGAAACUAAGACUCUAUUGUAGCUUUAGGCUUUCUUAAAAUCAUGUUUUUUGACUCAUUCACUUAUGUUGGAUAAUAAAAAAGUUAGGUACUUUAACAAUUAGCCAUGUUCUUCAUCAAUACAGGGUGUUUCUAAAUAAGUGCGGCAAACUUUAAGGGUUAAUUCUACAUGAAAAAAUAAUGACAGUUUGCUUUAUAAACAUAUGUCCGCAAAUGCUUCGUUUUCGAAAUACGGGAUGUUGAAUUUUUUCUUACAAAUUGACGAUUUAUUUAUUGCUCUAAAACCGGUUGAGUUAUGCAAAUGAAAUUUGGUAGGUUUUAUGAGGUAGUUAUUUUACAUUGUUUGACAUACAAUUAAAAAUUUUAUUUUCACCAUUGGCGUGCAUACAGGGUAUAUUACCGGGUUUUAUGACCCGUAUGCACGCCAAUGGUGAAUUUAAAAUACAUAAUUGUACGUCAAAAAAUGCGCAAUAACCACCUCUUAAAACCCACCAAAUUUCAUUUGCAUAUCUCAACCGGUUUUAGAGCAAUAAAUAAAUCGUCAGUGUAUAAGGAAAAAUUCAACAUCCCCUAUCUCGGAAACGAAGCAUUUGCAGACAUAUGUUCGUAAAUCAAACGGUCAUUAUUUUUUCAUGCAGAAUUACCUCUUAAAGUUUGUAGUGCUUAGUUAGAAACACCCUGUAUUGAUGAAGAACAUGGCUAGUUGUCAAAGUACCUAACUUUUUCAUUAUCCAACAUAAGUGAAUGAGUCACGAAGCAGAAUGUUAAGAAAGGCUAAGGCUACAAUUGAGUUUUAAUUUCAAUAUUUUUUAAAUGCUAAAAUAUUCCACAGGGUGUUCCGAACUUUGAGGAAAAAACACAGUAUUAUUGUUACACCCGGUCUAUAAUGACAUUUACAUGUUUAGAAACAAUAUUACUACAUCGAGAUUCUUAAAGAAUAAGGCUAUAACAUACUAAAAAAAUCAAUAAAAUCUGACAACAGGUUUAGGAGAUUCGAGACAUCAAAAAUGACCCAUUUUUAAGGUGUCCCGAUUUUUUUGGCCAGGAGUGUAUUAUAAUAUAGCUCCCCGUACGUGACAAGCUUAAGUCUCUUAAUUCCUCGUUACUACCCUCACUGCCACUUUAUACUUCUAUGCCGAGAUGCCACUUCUAAACCUUCGAUGGGGAUAAUAUGGUGUUUGUGUGGGUGGGAAAUGGUGUAAAGAUUCUUCACAGCUGGAAGCAGCCUUGGUGGAAGAAAUGGCCGUUGUGUUAUUGCGAUUAAGGAGAGGUAUCCUUGUUAAAGAUACCCGUUUACCGUCAUCUCUUUUGUUAAGAAAAUCUGGACGUUUUCCUGAUCAACAACUUCUCAGAUAAUUCUUGGUAUAUAAAAAGCAUGACAAGAGACGUACUGGAAAUGAGAAUGUUAAAAGAAAUAUUAACAAACUGUCAACAGGCAUCAUGUUGCACGCAUCUAGCACAUCACGUAUUAGUAAAAAAUGAAUGAUCAGUGCCAACAAAAAUCUCUAAAUCUCCUUGUGUGUGAUUAUCUACUGUAUCAGAUAGGGGUAUCAUUAAAAUAAUUCGAAUAUCCAAUUUUCUUCCUAAGGUAUACAAAAGAUUAACAGCAUUUAAAAGAUUUCGAAUAAAUAAAUAAAUAAUAUACCUAACUAAUAAAUAAUUAAAUAAUAAUAUUUAUUAUACCGCUAGUGGGGCUUUGGGUUUAUAAUUAACGGGCCUGCGGUAUAUAAAUAAAUAUAUAACCUUAAUUUUUUCAAUUUAUUAUUUAAUAAUGAUUUUCUGGUUAGAAUAAUAAAAAUGACGCGGUUGUGAUGUGGUUGCGGCAGUUUUGGUUUGUGACGAUAUUUGAAAUUGUAAAAGUAAAUUUUCUACAACUUUUCUACUUAGAUUUGGUGUUUCUCUUUCUCUCGCACAACAUAUUUCUCUUUUGGUUCGGAAGUAGUAGUCUAAAAAAAAUGUAUAUAUAAGGUUUUGCAGCUAAAAUAAUAUUUUUUUGUAAGUAGAUAAUGGUACUUAAAAUAAAAUAAAAGUAUACAAGAUAAAAAUAAAACGGUUAUUUUUAUUUUUUCUAAAAUGAUUUGGCAAUAUUAUAUACAUUAGUAGAUUAAACAAGAGAAAGAUUAUAUCAUAUGAUGCAAUAUUUAGUGUAAAAUUCUGUUCAAUAGAUCGUAUGAUUUGUUUGUAAGAGUGUCGCAGUUUAGGAAUUAGUAGCUGUGAUGUCAAAAAUAAGAAAAACUAUUUAGGUUAGAACAAUCCAGCACUACUUUAUCUAUGCUUUUAUUUGAUAUUUUCUAAGGCGUUUUACAAGUUUUUUCUCUCGAGCUCGAGGUCGCAGGUUAUAUCUACAAAUCCUAUAAAAUGUUGAAGAGUAGGAAUAUAGUAGAGGAGAUAUUGUAACAGGGUGUUUAAAAUUGUUUCAUACGUUUCUUAAUACGAUGUUCACGUGUUACUAGGCAUUCAGUAUAUUUGUAAAUAACUGUAGAUAGAUUAUUUUUGAUAAAUUUUGUAUUCGAUUUUAUAAAUUGUUGAAGCGCUUCUUCUUCAUUACGUUUUGUUUGCAUAUUUUAUGAAAAGACCUAACGCAAGUCGCGUAGAUUUAGUGAUGACCGGAUCGGAUUUGUUUCGAUCAGUGAGUCGGAACCGUUACGUGUUUGAAACGGACCUGAGUACAAAAACUGUUCUAGACAGGUUGGAGCUAUAAUAUGUCGAUCCACUGAGCAGUACCACUAAUUUAUUGCUGUUGCAACGAAUCUUCGAUUUAAUAACAAUUAACGAAUCCAAAACUUAAAAUUAUAAGCAAACUCAUGAUUUGCGAUUUAUGAUCUAUAAGUGUAAUACAGUGAUGGCCGCGCUAAUAACCGGCAAAAUAACGCAAAAGAUGGAAAACAUAAUACAUUGUGAAGUAAAAAGAGAUGAAACUAGUAGAGGUGAAAAUUAUCGAUAUAAACGUAUAAAUUAACAUUACAUUACAUAGUUUCCCACCUUUAGACGUAUAGGAGGAGUGUGACAACUGUCACUGUGACAGGAGAAUUUUAUAAAAUACUCCUGUCACAGACGUCUAAAGGUGGGGAACUACAUAUGUAAUGUUAAUUUAUACGUAUAUAUCGAUAAUCUACACCUCUACUAGUUUCAUCUCUUUUUCUUUCACAAUAGUUUUCAUAGAUUUCCAUCUUUUGCCUUAUUUUGCCGGUUAUUAUCGCGCUCAUCACUGUAUAAAAUCUAUAUUCUAAGAUCUACAAUUCUGAUAAUUACGUACCUAUAUGAAUUAGAAUUCACACGCAAGCUCCUCAAGUAAACUACCAAAUGUUACUUGAAUGAAUUCUAGAAUCUAUUAAGUGAUUGAGUGACUGAUUCGGUUACACUGCAACGAAUCUUCGAUCCAGUGAUUCGGAUAUUCAAAAAGAGUUAAACGAUCCGAGCCUCAAAAUUGUAAGCAGAUCUUUCUUUGAUGUGCUACCUAUAAGUAAUAAAUAAGAAUAAUUAAUUAUGUGAAUUAAAAUUUAAAUUCGAGCUUUGUGAUCUAAUUGAACAAUUAAAACAUGCAUUUGGGAUACACUCUAAGAAUUUUAUGAUUCAUUGAACCAACUCACUGAUUCGGAUUCGCCGGAACGAAUCUUAAGAGGAUUCGAGCUGGUCAUCACUGCGUAGAAUGAUGUCAGUAGCAAUAAAAAUUUGUAAAACGUCCCCAACUAAUCUACUUCAGAUGAAAUGACACUAUUUUUGACAAAAUACGUAACAACAAGAAACUGUUACAUUCCAAUAAUCGUAAUGAUAUUUAUUUGUAUGUGAAAGUUUAUAUCUUAUUGAUAAAUGGCUUUUUUGGUGUGUUAAAAAACAGAAUCAAAUAAUUCGAAUGUCUUUAGGUGUUGAAAACCACAAUAAUUAUGUAAUACAUGAAUGUAUAAUAAAUAAUAACAAAAUA